UUGGAGAAAAAGGCAGAAAAGGGAAAGAAAGAGGAAGAGAGAGAGUGAGAGAGGCUGAGCAGACCCUGAUGGCUACAGAUGAAGUUACAGGAGGGGCUCGCAAAGCUACGAAAAGCAAACUUUUUGAGUUUCUGGUCCAUGGGGUGCGCCCUGGGAUGCCAUCAGGUGCUCGAAUGCCCCAUCAGGGGGCUCCAAUGGGUCCCCCAGGCUCACCAUAUGUUGGAAGCCCCUCAGUGCGCCCUGGAAUGCCCCAAACAGUGAUGGAACCAACACGAAAACGCACAGCACCUCAGCAGGUACAGCAACAGCAGGUGCAACAGCAGGUGCAACAGCAGCAGCAAGUAACUCAGACCCGAACCCGGAGUGCCAAGAGGAGGAAGAUGGCUGACAAAAUUCUCCCUCAGAGGAUCCGGGAGUUGGUUCCUGAGUCCCAGGCCUACAUGGACCUGUUAGCCUUUGAACGCAAACUGGACCAGACCAUUAUGAGGAAGCGGGUGGACAUUCAGGAAGCCCUGAAGAGACCGAUGAAGGCAAUAAAGGAUGGAUUUUGUGGCAAAUUUCUCAACCAUGAAACUGAGCAAUAUUGA